AACCUCAGAACUCGGAACACCGGUGCAGACUUUAUGUGCUAGAUUUGUGUGUGUGUGUGAUGAUGGAGUGUGAGGGCAUCGCGGGCAUUGAGCAGUUUAGCAGCCCGGGGAAGGGCAGAGGACUGCGGGUGAGCAGAGCGUAUGAAGUCGGUGAAUUGCUCUUCUCGUGUCCCGCUUAUUCAUACGUACUGUCCGUCAACGAGAGAGGAUUCAUCUGUGAACAGUGCUUUACACGGAAAAAGGGUCUUGCAAAAUGUGGAAAGUGCAAAAAAGCAUUCUACUGCAAUGUGAACUGUCAGAAAAAGAACUGGCCCAUGCACAAGCUGGAGUGUCAUGCUAUGUGUGUGUAUGGAGAGAACUGGUGCCCCUCAGAGACGGUGCGACUGGUGGCCAGAAUCAUCGCCAGGCUGAGACACCAGAGAGAGAGAAGCCCGUCAGAAAAACUGCUCUUACUGAGGGAUAUGGAAGGCCACAUGGAGGAUAUGGAUAAUGAGAAAAGAGAGAUGAAUGAAGCACAUAUAGCCGGUCUCCAUCACUUCUACUCCAAACACCUGGAUUUCCCUGAUCAUCAGGCCCUGCUCACACUUUUAUCACAGGUUCACUGUAACGGCUUUACUGUGGAGGAUGAGGAACUCUCGAGCUUGGGUUUAGCUAUUUUUCCAGACAUUGCCCUCUUGAACCACAGCUGCUGUCCCAACGUCAUAGUCACAUACAGAGGUAUCAACGCUGAAGUACGGGCUGUGCAGAAAAUCAGUCCAGGGCAAGAGAUAUAUACCAGCUACAUAGACCUGCUGUACCUUACAGAGGACAGGAUCGAGAGGCUCAGAGACAUCUACUACUUCAGCUGUGACUGCAAAGAGUGCACAACCAAAUCCAUGGACAUGGAGAAGAUGAAGGUACGGAAACUGAGUGAUGAAAUCAGUCAAAAGGAGAUCAGGGAUAUGGUGUGUUAUGCUCGGAAUGCCAUGGAAGACUUCCGCAGGGCCAAACAUGAGAAAGGUCCCGCUGAGCUGCUAGAGAUGUGUGAGCUCAGCAUUGAUAAGAUGAGCACCGUGUUUGAUGACGCUAACAUCUACAUCCUUCAUAUGAUGUACCAGGCCAUGGGCAUCUGUCUUUUCAUGGAGAAUUAUGAUGGAGCAGUUAGAUAUGGAGAAAAAGUCAUGAAGCCUUACACUGUCCUUUACCCAGCAUACUCUUUAAAUAUUGCAUCUAUGUAUCUAAAGAUGGGCAGACUCUACAUGGCUCUGGACAGGAAGUCCACUGGCAUAAGUGCACUUCAAAAGGCGUUGGCCAUCAUGGAGGUUGUUCAUGGAAAGGACCACACAUAUGUCACAGAGCUCAAACAGGAAAUAAGAGGAGAAUAAUGUAAAUAGUGAUUACUGUUUUAGAUUGCACUUGAAUUUCACUUUAUGGAGAGACCUUCUUCAGUAAUAUGCUUAAUAGGCUGAUAAAGUAUUUCUGUAAGAUAUAACUCUAAAAAGAAAGAAGUGCAAGUGUAACAAGUGUGCAAAAAUGGAAAACAAAAUAAGUAAUUCAUAUCAUUUAAGCAGCUGGGCGAUUAGAACAGUAAGAGCAGAGAAACAGAAAAAUAAAUUAUUUAUUAAUUUAAAAAUAAAUAAAGCAAAGAUACCAUAAUCGUAGAACUGAGCAGACAUCAAUACACACAACAGAAAUCACAGAGAAAUGAACGGAGGAACAGGCACAAGAGAAUUCUAGCAGGAAGCAAAAGAAAAGAGAUUUCUUUCAGGACCACUAUCGUCAAAAUGAUUGACACUUAACAUACAGUUUGGGUGAAGUAAAGUGAGGCCAAAUAUGGUAUUCCUUAUUCUGAAUUUGUGCUCUGCAUUUAACCAAUCCAAGUGCACACACACAAUAGUGAAUGAACGAAC